UGAACCCUGGCCACCCCGCAGGUGGAGAAGAAGCUGGAGAGAUGCCAGAAGGAUGCCGAGGAGGUGACUCAGAUCAUGCUGGACAACUACUCCAAGGUGCUGGACCGCGAGGUCAAGCUGAGCGACCUGGACAACCGGGCGGACGAGCUCCGCGUCAUGAGCUCCACCUUCAGCAAGACGACCAAGGUGGUGGCGCAGAAGCAGCGCUGGGCGAACCGGAAAUGGAAGCUCAUCCUGGCAGGGGGGGCCCGGGGAGCGGUGCUGGUGAUCGUCCUGGUGCUGGCUGUGAUGCUGGCGCCGGGCGGGGCCGGGACUCAGGCAGCCGAGAGCCGAGCCGCCGCCGCCACCACGCCG